CGAAGACCGAAUAUCGGCAGCCCUAACCCCCGUCUGGGGUUCUGCGGGCGAGCGAUCGAGUUCUUGACUCGUUCGCUCGAGCUCUGCUUCAAUGUCUGCACUCAUCGCAUCGGACCUUUCAGGUCUCACCCUCGUAUCCAAAGGGAAGGUACGCGACAUCUACGCGACGUCGUCGCCGGAUCACCUCCUCUUCGUGGCCAGCGACCGGAUAUCCGCAUACGAUGUCAUCCUGAACAACGUGCGUUCUCCGGGCUCCUUCCCCCCGAACGAAGUACAACAGCUUUGCUCAUCGCGCCCUCGCGCGCGUCUGCAGGGCAUCCCGGACAAGGGAAAAUUGCUCACGCAGAUAUCUCUGUUCUGGUUCGGCCGUCUGAGAGAGACGAUCCCGCACCACGUCGUGACUGCGAAUAUCGACGAGAUGCCCGAGGAGGUGCGGAAGUAUAAGGAUCAGCUCGAGGGGCGGACGAUGCUGGUCAAGAAGGCGAAGGUCGUGCCGUUGGAGGCCAUCGUUCGCGGUUAUAUCACGGGAUCCGCGUGGUCCGAGUAUCAAAAAUCUGGGACCGUGCAUGGUCUCCCCCUUCCCGCCGGGCUCAAGGAAUCAGAGAAGCUGCCCGCCCCUCUCUUCACGCCGUCCACCAAAGCCGAUCAAGGCGAGCACGACGAGAACAUCUCGCCAGACCAAGCCGCCAAACUCGUCGGACAGGAGCUGUGCGACAGGAUCUCGGCCGUCGCGAUCCAGCUGUAUACCGAGGCCGCCCGCUACGCGCUCUCCCGCGGGCUCAUCCUCGCCGACACGAAGUUCGAAUUCGGGCUCGUCCCUUCGCCGACCGGCGCCCGGGACGAACUCAUCCUCAUCGACGAGGCCCUCACGCCCGACUCUUCCCGCUACUGGCCCGCCUCUGGCUACGCGCCGGGCGGUCCGCAGCCCAGCUUCGACAAGCAGUACCUGCGCGACUGGUUGAAGGAACAGGGGUUCAAGAAAGGUUUGGAGGCCGGUAAAGACGGCCAGGGGUGGACCAUGAGCGAGGGGGUCGUGCGGGGAACGAGGGAGAGAUAUGUCGAGGCCAGGGAAAAGCUCGGGGCAUGACAUUCUGGGGAGGAGCGAAGCGACCAAAUGACUGUAGCACAAAACCUAUGUAGAACGCGACAAAUCUUAUCAUUAUUUCUGAUCC